UCAAUCUAGGGAUUUAGUUAGAAAAAUGAUCGCGAUCGUGAAAGAUUUACUCUGUUUAGCCGGAGCGUACGCUUGCUUCCUGUGGCUGUUUCAUUACGUGUUGGCCCCACUGUGCGGAAUUGUGAUCGGUUCGAUUCGCUGUCUGGUGCUGAGGGAAAAGCUUAUCGAUCGAUACGGACCGUGGGCGGUUGUAACGGGUGCAACCGAUGGGAUUGGCAAGUGUUACGCCGAAAAUUUGGCACGAAAAGGACUAAAUAUUUUGCUUAUUUCACGAACGGAGUCUAAGCUGAUCAAGGUCGCUUACGAAAUCGAACAAAAGUACGGCGUUGGAACGAAAUGGAUCGCGGUGGACUUUUCCAAUGGACCAGAAAUCUACGAUAAGUUACGAGAGGAGCUCGCCGGAUUUGAUAUAGGAUUGCUGGUGAACAACGUGGGAUUUUUGCCGCAGCUUGGUUUAUUCGAUCGAAUGCUGGAAUCGGACCUGCUUGAUCUGAUUCACAUCAACAUCAUGUCAACGGCGAUGCUGACACGAAUCGUCCUACCGGAGAUGAAAAAUCGCCGGAAGGGAAUUGUGAUUAAUAUCGCUUCGACUUCCGCGACCGUUCCGUCGCCGUACAUGAGUGCCUACGGAGCGACCAAGUCGUUUAUGUACAGCCUGAGCUUGGCACUGCAGGAGGAACUGCGUGGGUCUGGUGUCGAGUGUCAGCUCGUCACACCGGCUAUGGUUAAGACGAACCUGAGCCGGACGUUCUACGACAGAAUGCCCUGGUACGUGUUUGUGCUGAGUGCGGAGCAGGUCGCCCGGAAUGGGGUGUUCCUGAUUGGGAAGACGUGGCACACGUGCGGACAUUGGUUUCACUGUUUGCAGAUUUGUUGGUAUCCUUUGCUACCCGCCAAGCCUGUCGUACGAAUUAUGGCCAAUCUCUUCAAGUGUAGGCUCAGUAAGGUAAAUUAAUUUAAGGUGGUAGGUGAAACAAGAAAAUUUAUUAAUAUACAUUGUAUGUAUGAUA